AUGGAGUCGCAGCCGAAGUCGCCGGGCAACACCUUUGUUCCGGUAGAUGCGGAUAUCGGAGUGCUUGGGACUGAAAGAGACGAGAGUCCAACGGAAGAAUCCCCCCUUUUGCGUAAUGACACACCUAGUGCCGAUGAGCCAUCAAAGGCUUUCCGAAGACGCGCCUUGGGUAUGUGCAUGUUGGCAUUGCUCAUGGUAGAAGUGAGCCAAUUCAUCAUGAACCCGCCCACCAAGAAGAUCAUUGAGGACAUUAUUUGCCGACAACACUAUCCGGAUCAUGAUAUCAAGGUGUAUUGGUUAGAAGACAGUCGCUGCAAGGACAGCCCGGUCCAAAAGACUCUGGCUAUGGUCCAGGGCUGGUCCCAGGCUUUCGAGAUGGGAGUUCCAAUGUUGACGCAGUUCCCCUACGGUAUCGUCGCCGAUAAGUAUGGAAGACGGCUUGUGUUGUUCCUGGCAAUGCUUGGGUGUUGUCUGUCGACGUGCUGGCUCUUGAUAGUUUUGUUGUUCCCCGACGUCUUCUCCAUCUGGGCUAUACUCGGAGAUAGCGUCUUCUUCCUGAUCGGCGGUGGAGGCCAAAUGGCUGUUGCAAUGGUCUAUACAAUCGUUGCCGACGUUGUCCCUGUCGAGGAACGAACAGACAUGUUCUUCCGUCUUGUCGCCCUAGUCUUGAUCUUCAACGUUGUGUUUAACCCGAUUUCCGCAUGGUUGCUCCAGUAUGACCCCUGGCUGUCUAUGUGGAUUGGCUUUGGCUUCAUGGUAUUUGGAACGCUGUGCAUUCUUCUUAUACCAGAGACCAUGCAUCUUCGGCGCAAAGGCGAUGUGCAACACAAUGCAGAGCACGAAAACGAGCAAAUUAACGGCGUUUCCCCAAGCAAGCACCACGUUAUGAAGCAAGCUUGGUUCAGUAUCAAGAAUGAUAUGCAGCACGUCUGGCGUUUCAUCUUUGCAUCCAAAAGCAUCAUGAUCCUCAUGUUUGCUACUGCCUUCUUCUUCCCAUCAAGGAUUGUGCUCUCGGGAAUACUGCUGCAGUACAUGUCCAAACGUUUUGAAUGGUCAUGGUCAAAGGCUACAUACGUCUCGACCAUUGGCAUCAUUGCUACAGUGGUGUGCUACCUCGUGAUAUUGCCCGUCACGUCCGACUUACUUAACAAAUCUCGCCGCUACAAAUCGCACCCCAUUGCACGAGACCUGCUCCUCUCUCGUAUUGCGAUAAUAAUCAUGGCAGUGGGAUGUUUGUUGAUGGGUCUUGCUGGGACCCCUUGGCUCUUCGUCAUUUCUCUCAUUACUGUUAGUCUCGGUAACUCUUUCGUCGCACUUAGUAGGGCCCUGAUCAACGCUCUGGUUGAGCCUCAUACCAUUGCAACGUUGAACACCACGGUCUCGCUCAUUGAGGUGACGAUGGGUCUCUCUGCGCCUGCCAUGGGCUGGCUCCUGGCUCGUGGUAUGGAACUAGGUGGCGGAUGGAUGGGAUUGCCUUUCCUGGUGAACUGUGGAUUUGCGGCGCUAACAGCUGUUAUGCUGUUUAUGGUGAGGAUUCCGCAUGGUGUUGCUCAAGCCCAUGAGGGUUGA